AUGGUCCGGACAAGAUCAAGGGCUACCAGUCCAGGCCCUCAAGAAAGCAGAGGCGACCAUCAAUCGGUGCCUACCGUACAACCGCCUUCUGUCCAACACGUGCAAUCCAUAGCUGCUACUAUGGCAGAACUGACCCGCCAGAACCAGGAGUUGGUUAGAGAACUUAACAUGAGGAGGCAGCAUCGUGAUGAGAACGUUGGAAGACAUGCCCAGAGCCAAGAUGAGAGGAAUGUCGAGUUUGAAAGCCAGUCAAGGGGUACCCCUUCAAGGAGGGUGCCUCACUUGGAAAGGGAGAUGGACCAAAUGAGAAGAACUAUGGAUGAGAUGAAGGAAAAUAUGAAGAGGACCAACCCUAUAGAGGACUUGGUUCACAGGACUGACUCCCCUUUUGUGCCUCCUAUCAAUGCUCACCCUUUGCCACCGAAGUUCAAGAUGCCUUCCUUAGAUUCAUAUGAUGGGAUGCGAGAUCCAUUUGACCACAUUGCCACCUUCAAAACAACUAUGCAUCUUCAAGGGGUUCCGGAUGAGAUAAUGUGCAGAGCUUUCCCCACUACCCUUAAAGGACCCGCACAAGUGUGGUUCAGCAAAAUACCUCCAAGCACGGUAACGUCCUUCGAAGAAUUAAGCAAAUUGUUUGUCAAGAACUUUAUCGGAGGACAGAGGCACAAGCGUUCCUCGUCUAGUUUGCUGACCAUAGAACAAGGGGAGAACGAAAGUUUGCAGUCGUUCAUAACGCGGUUCAAUAGGGAAGCUUUAGCAGUGGACGAGAUGGAUGACAAGCUCCUCCUGGCGGCUUUCCACAAUAGGGUUCACUCUGACUUGUUCAUCCACAAGCUAUAUGAGCAAGAGCCUCAGACCAUGGCCGAACUCGUCCACUCAGCCCAGAAUUUCAUGAAUGCGGAGGAUGCUAUCAUAGCCAAGAAGAGGAAGAGAAUUGAGAAAAUGGAAGCUAACCCCACUCGCCACUCAGAACAAGGUCCUCGUCUUAAGAAAGGACGAACAUAA